AUGAAGGGGAGGCUGUCAGGUAUUCAGAAGCAAGUUUUGAGCUUGCACCGCUCGUUGCUUCGGGCAGCCCGUGCAAAACCUCCAGAGACGCGGGAGCAAAUUGAGCGAUUUGUGAAUGCGGAAUUUCGUAAGAACGCAGCUAUAGACAAGAAGAACUACCAGCAAAUUGAGUACUUAAUUAGACGCGGUCAGAAGCAGCUGGAGAUGGUGCGCACUUCGGACGGGUUUUCAGUGGUAGAAGUAAAAUGA